UUCUAAAAAAUCCCAUUUCUAGAAGUGGUCUGAUGAUAAUCCAGUUUUGGCUUUAAAAAUUUUGUCCCGAAGUCUGUAUUCUACACAGACUUGCAUUUUCAUAGCUUUGCUGGAGUUCAGAAGUUAGAGCUCCCUCUGAAGUGUUGGCUGCGGGGAGGCGGGGUUUUCUGUCUCCAAUGAGGUGGCUUCGGUGUCUGGAAAAGCCUAUCGCCUUUCACAGGAGCGCUUACUCUGUAAUCCAAGCGAUAGCCACGCAGCCUGUUUUAUUGUUUGUGGAGUCCUGUGGCUCCUGGGCGCUUCACAGACGGGAAGGAGGGCAAGUGGGGGAUUUACGACUCUGCAGUGAGCUGGGGCCAGUGAGCCGAACUGUGAUUUCUCCCAAGUCACCUGUGUGGGUGAACUUUAAACUGGGCACCUGAGUUGACGCUGAAUCUUUUUUUCUGCAGCCUGAGGAGUUCCUUCUGUCUGCCACAGACGGCUGGCUUUCUGCCUGAGCGGGGAAAGAUGCCUGGGAGAGGAAUAGGAUUACAGUACGGGAUGCUAGGCACACACCAGAGGGUCGGAGUGCCUUGGUCCUGCUCUUCGCCAAGUCCUGACAAGCGUUCCUGAGAUGAACGUUUUGCUUCUUUUUUAGAAUUAUACUUUUAGUUAUUUUUAUUGGGUGGAGGGAGACCGUGGAUAUUCUUGAUCUUUAAACCAAGUACCACAAUGUGAAAAAACAUUUUUUUUCCCCUCUAACCUCUCAUUUCCCUUUUCUUUGUAAUUGGGUGACACAGAAGCAAUCUUUCUUCAGAUUCAGACUCUCAAUAUUGUCUGAAUAAGUAGCAAGGAGGAGGUUCAUGGAAAGGACCUGGGACAAUUUGAAAAAACGAGGUUUUUGUUGGCUGGAUUGACCUUUCUCUGUAGUCGACUUUGAUGUGAAAGAAGAUGAAAAAGGAAGGCUCUUCAGGUUCCUUUAGACUCAAGUCAAACCCAGGUUCCCUCUCACGUGCUGUGAGCUGGAUAAAUUUCUCGUCCUUGUCCAGGCAGACAAAGAAGCUGUUUCGCAGUGAUGGGGAGUUGUCGGUCUGUGGGCAGCAGGUGGAAGCAGAUGAUGAAAACUGGACCUACAGAACCCAGCCCAGAAAAGCUGUUUCCAACCUAGAUGAGGAGAGUCGAUGGACAGUCCACUACACUGCUCCAUGGCACCAGCAGGAGAAUGUGUUCCUCCCCACCACAAGACCGCCCUGCGUAGAGGACCUGCACCGCCAAGCCAAGCUCAACCUCAAAUCAGUACUGAGGGAAUGUGAUAAGUUACGGCGGGAUGGCUACCGGAGUUCUCAAUACUACUCCCAAGGACCCACCUUUGCAGCCAACUCCAGUCCCCUCUGUGAUGAUUACCAAGAUGAGGAUGAAGAAACAGAUCCAAAGUGUUCUAUCUCUUCAUCAGAAGAGGAAAGACUUACUUCCACCAGGAGACCUAAGACGCCAACGUCAAGUGACUGCUCUGACCUUCAUACUCAAACCAACUGGACCAAGUCACUUCCCUUGCCAACACCGGAAGAGAAGAUGCGGCAGCAAGCCCAAACAGUCCAGGCUGACGUGGUUCCUAUUAACAUAACUGCUUCGGGAGGCACUGGCCAAGAUGAUGUUGGUGGUCACUCGACGUACGCCCCAGACCACUACUCUACGCUUGGAAGGCUAGACAGCUAUAGAUCUACGGGACAGCGCUCAGAAACCAGGGAUUCAAGCUGUCAGACAGAGGAAGUGAAAGUCGUACCACCUUCGAUGAGAAGAAUCAGAGCCCAAAAGGGGCAAGGCAUUGCGGCGCAGAUGAGUCACUUCUCAGGCUCCUCUGGGAACAUGUCCGUGCUGAGUGACUCUGCGGGGGUCGUGUUCCCUUCCCGCCUCAACAGUGAUGCCGGUUUCCACAGUCUUCCCCGGUCUGGGGCAAGGGCAAAUGUUCAGUCCCUGGAGCCACGGCUGGGCGCCCUGGGCCCUGCAGAAGACCUGGACGGCACUUUCCCCUACCAGCGGGGUCACCCACAAGUAGAUGAAGACUUUGGGCAUCUAGGAGCUGCCCCGAGGAUGGGAACACUGUUGAGGCCCAAAUCUCAGGAGCUGAGGCACUUCGAGGGUGAGAACGUAACCAGCCCUGCGUGUGUGGUGUCUCCUCACACGAGCUACUCCACCAGCAUCAUCCCAAAUGCCACACUCUCCUCCUCUUCAGAGAUCAUUGUGAUUCACACUGCUCAGAGCUCAGGGCAGCUGGACAGUAAAAUUACCAGCUCGUCUUCGUACUCAAAGGUCAGAUCCAGAGACCACCUCCUCUCCAGACAGAAAGAUAGUCAUCAUUCAUCCAGCGCAACCACGCUGCUGUCCCUCUGUGACUCCGAAGUCUCUCUAAAUACACCAGCAAAUCGGGAGAAUGGGUCCCAGGCCAUGGCCUAUAACUGUAGAAAUAACCUGAGCAUCCCAGCCCACCCCCAGGAUGUGGAUAACAAGAGUGAGUCCAGUUAUUCAGGCGGCCGGGGCCAGGGUGGCAGCGUGGAGCCCUGGGAAUACAGUGCCUCGGGUAGUGGGCGGGCAUCCCCGCUGAAGCCACAUUUGGCAGCUCCUGGUUACUCCACUCCUGUAAGCAACACGAGCAGCUGCAGUUUGGACCAGACCUCUAACAAGGAUGAUUCCAGGUCUGUGUAUUCAGAGGACCACGAUGGCUACUGCCCUACUCUGCACCCGGACUCUGGACACAGAGCUGGGGAUCUGUGCAAUAGUAAUGAUGGCUUUGGGAACCCCAGGCACAGCGUGGUCAAUGUUUUUGAUGGAAGAGCGCAGCGACACCAAGGGGACCGGUCCAACUGCCAAGACAAGUCCCUCACGCGAAGCAUUUCUUUGAAGAAAGCCAAGAAGCCUCCCCUGCCACCCUCUCGGACGGACUCUCUGCGCAGGGUUCCCAAGAAGAACAUCCAGUCGAACGGGCAGGUGCUGAACGAGAGCCUGAUCGCCUCGCUCCAGCACUCGCUGCAGCUGAACCUCCCGGGCAAGGGCGGCAGCUCGCCCUCCCAGAGCCCCUGCAGUGACUUCGAAGAACCGUGGCUGCCUCGCUCCCGCAGCCAGAGCACCGUGAGCGCCGGCAGCAGCCUGACCUCCGCCACGGCGCCCAACGUCUACUCCGUGUGCGGGCUCACGCCGGCACAGAGCGACACGAGCAGCGUCAGGUCCGAGUACACAGAUGCGUGGGGUUACUACAUUGACUACACGGGAGUGCAGGAGGAUCGGGGCAGCGCCGGCGGGGCCGGUCAGGCCGGCAGCGCAGCAUCACCUGGAAGCGGGCCGGGCCGCCAUCCCCUGGAGGGGUCCCGGGCCGCGGUACCCGCGGUGCCCGGUGGCGCCGUCAAACCAAAGAUCACAUCGCCGGAGAAGUCGCACAGAGUCACGUCUCCAUCCAGUGGGUAUUCCAGCCAGUCGAACACGCCCACCGCUCUCACCCCUGUGCCUGUCUUCAUAAAAUCAAUGUCACCAGCCAGUGGGAAGGGGAAGCCCAAACCCAAGGUGCCAGAGAGGAAGUCGUCUCUUGUAUCUUCAGUAUCCGUCUCCUCCUCCUCCACGUCUCUUUCCUCGAAUACUUCCACCGAAGGAAGCGGGACGGUGAAGAAGCUGGAUUCAGCGCUGGUGUCUCCCCUCGCGGCUGCUCCUCACGAGUCUCCAGCCCCUUGUCCCACUGACAAGUCUCCUUUCCUCCCUCCCCCGCCGCCUCUGGCAGAUUUCCACGAGGGCUCACCUCUGCCUCGUUCUCCCCUCUUCCCGCCUCCGCCCCCAGAAGUGCUCUCUCCCUUCUGUGCCCCCAACGACGCCUGCUUUCCUCCGCCCCCCACAGCGCUGAGCCCUUUUCUGGAUUCAUCUGCCUCCCUGCCGCCUCCGCCACCUGCCUUACCCCCCUCAGUGCCCCCGCCUGCCCCACCGCUUGACCCCAAAUUGAUGAAAGAGGCCAGGCCUUCUUUCAAGAAACCUGGCCAGCCAGAGUCCUCCCGGGGGGCCUGCAGACAGCCUUCCAUCAAGGAGGAGGUCAGCAGACCCCCCAUGCCCCUGAUCACCACCGAAGCGUUGCAGAUGGUGCAGUUGAGGCCGGUGAAGAAGAACUCAGGAUCCGAGGUAGCCCCCUUAGAGGAACACGCAUCUCAGGAAAAACAAACUCCGGUUGUUCCCCAGUAUCAUUUAAAGCCAUCUGCUUUCCUGAAAUCCCGAAAUAGCAUACAUGAAAUGGAGAGUGAAAGCCAGCCUGCCUCCGCGACGAGCUCGCUCCCGACUCCUGCCAAGAGCUCGACUCAGGGUCACCAGGACAGUGCAGCCGAGCGUGGCCUCCGGAGCCACAGUCCGGCCGGGGAAGCAGAGGCCGGAGCCGGUGGCACCCCGCCCCUCGGCUCGUCGCCCGGCAGGAAGCCGCCCCCCAUUUCCAAGAAGCCCAAACUGUCCUUCCUGGUGCCACCUUCGCAGAGGGAUUUCACGGCGGAGCCCGCAGAGAACGUGAGCGCGGCGUCUCCCAGCCCCACGAGCGGAGAGGCCCGAGAGAGGGGCGCAGCAGGGGCUGGUUCUGAUGACACCGACUCUGGCAGCUCGAUGGUUCUUGUGGGAGGAGCUGCAGGAUCCGAGUCCCCGGGCAGAGUGGAAGCCAAUGUCCCCAUGGUGCCAGCCCCUGCGGAGGAGCCAGGCGCCAGGAACGGUGUGGAGCGCUGCCUGCCUUCGCAGGACCCAGGGCCUGGGGUGCCGGAGGCUGAGACAGCCAGUUCUUCCUCCGAGACCUGUGAUUUCCUUAAGGACGAGGGGGGUGAUGAGGUGAUGACCCCCAGUAGACCACGGACCACAGAAGACCUUUUUGCCGCUAUUCACAGGUCUAAGAGGAAAGUCCUUGGCCGUAAAGAUUCAGAUGAUGAUCACUCCCGAAACCAUUCUCCCUCCCCACCAGUGACACCCACAGGUGCUGCCCCCAGCCUGGCCUCCCAGAAGCAAGUGGGGUCCAUUCAGAGAAGCGUCCGGAAGAGCAGCACCAGCAGUGACAACUUCAAAGCUCUGCUGCUGAAAAAGGGGAGUCGCUCAGAUACCAGCGCCCGCAUGUCAGCAGCCGAGAUGCUCAAGAACACAGAUCCUAGAUUCCAGAGAUCAAGGUCGGAGCCAUCGCCAGACACGCCCGAGAGCCCGUCAAGCUGCUCCCCGAACAAGAACAGGAGGGCGCAGGAGGAGUGGGCCAAGACCGAAGGCUUGAUGCCUCGGAGUCUGUCCUUCUCCGGCCCCAGGUACGGGCGCAGUCGAACGCCGCCUUCCGCCGCCAGCAGCAGGUACAGCGUGCGGAACCGGAUCCAGAGCAGCCCCAUGACCGUCAUCUCGGAGGGCGAAGGGGAAGCCACGGAGCCCGUAGACAGCGCGGCUUUUCGGGCCUCGGGUGCUGCGCGGGGAUGUUCGCUGGAUGGACUGGCGGGGGGUGGUGUGGAUGAGGGCAGCCUGCUCUGUGCCGGGGGACCCGCCGCCCCGCUGGGGGCCCAGGAUCCUGGUCCGGCAGUGGGGCUGCCCAGCGCAGAGGGCGGGGGCCCCUCCGAACAGCGAGGCGGGCUCGCCGGGGAUGAGAGUUAGGGGCAAGAAACUCCCAGGUGAUGUGGGGAGAUGUGCAGCACAGGCUCUCGGAAGCCCGACAGGUCCCCUGCCCUGCCUUGGCCCGUGAUGCCGCUCAGCAUCUGUGCUGUGGGCCCGGGCACCGCCAGCCUCGCCGCGGAGGGGAAGGGCUAUUGAGGACUCACGUGGCACUUGCCCUGUGGCUUAAACGCAAGUAGAAGCUUAACUUCUGAAAGUGCUUCCUGGGGAAGAUUUUUUUUUUUUUUUCUAAAUGCUGGGUGUGUGUGGAGGGAUGUGCGUGUGUGUGUGUGUGCAUUCAGAACACUUUUUACAUUAAAAAAAAUACACACACACACAUCACCACCACUACCACCAUCACCAGCAUGUACAGAAAUAGGGGAGAGCUGUUAAGCUAGGUAGAGUGAUGGAGCCUCUGGGCUAGGUGGUAAUUGCUUUAAAAGUAUCAUGUUAAUGGAAAUUAGUUCCAGGGAGAGAACCAUUACUUCUAGGAAAGAGGGGGUAGGUUUGCUGAUUCUGAGCACAUGGGGGUAUGGGCUUUCCAGGAGAGCAGGUUGUGGUUACCCCCAAAAGUUGGAAAAGGGCUAAGCGACUAAUUGGUUCAGGUACUUCCUUUUCUGUAAAAACGAAAGACAGGUGGACAUGGCAAUGCUGUAACUCAGGGUUUGCUGCUCUGCCGCAGAGACGCCACUCCUAGCCUGGUUGGAAGAAAAUGUGGGUCAUUUUUUAACGCCUUGCCUCCCUGAGUAGCAGCUGAGACCUCCUUGGAGAACAGAAAUGGCAGUGGCCCAUGCAGAGAGGGUAAUGGAGAUGAGAGCAGGGGAGGGGAGUAAGUGAUACACUGCUGGAAUUUGGUUCCUGCUUAUUCAAUAAAAUUAUUUUUCAGAAUUAAACUUUAAAACUUGCACUACAGAACUGUGGGUGGAGCCUUUCCUUUUACAACUGUUUUUUUUUUGUUUGUUUGUUUUUUUUACACCAGAGUUUAAACUUCCAUUUGGUAAUUUCUUAUCACUUGAAAUGUCAACAUUUGCUAACUUUUGGUUACACCAAAGAAAAAGUUAAUGCUAUUUUUCCUUGAACUGCCUGCAGUAUCAUGUCCUCACUUAGAAAGGGUUAUCAAAAUCUAUUAUAUACUAUCUUACUUGGAAGAAGAUGCUGACUAGCUCUUUUUGGUCAAAUAAACUGAUAAACAUUGGCAGGGCCUGGCUCUUAAUUAGCCCUGGGCAAUGAGUUUUUAGAUUAAAAAGAUUUUUUGCAUCAUUUGGUUUGUGUGUUUUUAUAUUUUUUAUAAAUAAUUGAAUUUGGCUAAGUACCUUCUAAUCUUCUCUGGUUAGAAUUUUAACACUUUUAGAUGUGGAAGAAAAGUGUGUAAAGUAUUUAUUUUUAUGUGAUAUUCUUGUGACCACUUCCUCCCAACUGUCAUGUACAUAGACUUCUUUAUUUGUUGGUUUAAUAAAAUCAGAGUCUUGUGUUCUUCAUCAGAAGGACCUCGGAAGAGAGUUACUGAGAUUAUUGGCCUAAAUACAACACGGUUGCCAAUUAUCAUCUUUUUUGGUGUGACAAUAUCACCUAAAAGCUGGACUGCACAGGCUCAGUCAUUGUAAGGUUUACACGCUAAAAUAUGACAAACCCAUUUUAGAUGCAUCAUUGAAACAAAAACAAAUGUAAAGAAUUAAGACUCCUAUUCUGUGAAGAAAGCAAAACACAUCUUUUCACACAACCAGAUAUCCAAACCUGACACUUGGCCAAGAGCAAAACCACUUGGAGCAAGUGUGUUCUACGAUGGGCACAAGAAUCCUUUACCCUCAAUUUCAGAAGAGUGACAUUGGCUUUCGGAUAUGAAAUCUUCUCAGAGCUACCUAAAAAAGAUUAAAAUGUACUUGGAUAUCAGAAAACAAAUUUAAUAUAUAAAUCAUUUAUGUUGAAGGUAAGAUAAGUACCCUCAAAACUAAUGAUAAAGCUUUUUUUUAAUCCCCAUUUGUAAAGGAAAAAUAUACUAGGUUUUUUCAUUCGCUUUGAAUAAAACAACUGUAAAGUAAAUAUUUGAACCUUUUUUGUUCUUGUUGUUUGUACAUGCAUUUUUGAAUGAUGAGUUAGGUCUUCUUGUACCGACCUGCUGAGUGCUUUGCUGGAAACAGACAGAACAGCAGUGACGACCAGAAGGUGCCCGUGGGAGGUGAGGUCCCAACAGAAGAGAUAGAACAUCACAGACACUGUGGAUGGUGCCGUCUAAAAGGACAGUGGGGAAAACAACUCUUAAGUGAUGUCUUGUGGACUUUUGAAUAAAAUCCCAAUUAUGUGUUGACUGAGAGUUUAGGUCAUGUGACGUGGAGAGAUGCGAGAGCUUUGCACAACAUGGAUGAAAUAUAGGGAGACAAGAAUCUAGACUCAUCCCAGAACAGGCAUCUUCAGGUUUGCUGCGUGAUUUCCUCUGUGGGACUGGCUACUGUUAAUGAAAACAUUGUAUUUAAAAACUCAGUGAA